AUGUCUUGUAUGUCUCGACCGGUCUUCUCUGAUGGCCCAAGAGCCGUUCAGCCAGCCUAUCGACGAGCUUCAGAUCCUGAAUCUUCCACAACAACCAAUCGCAACCCUGUGUCUCAACAACCAUCAUGCAGUGGCGACUACUAUCACAAAUGCUAUUGUGGCUGCAAGGGUUGUGGCUGUCACACCUCGCCUAUCACAGAUGAAGCGAACCAUCAUCGCCGUAACAGCCAGAAGGGUCGGGCUAUCCCAAUACCGGAGAAUCCAGUGACAGUUCUUCCCUGGGCUCCAUCAUCUCUCAGUACCAUCCACUCAAAUGACCAGAAAUUCAGCUUCGACAACAGUUUCGAGGUGGGCGACACUUAUUUGCAAGCAGCCGACGUCGCUCAACAUGAAGUUGACUCCACUAUUGAACAUGAUGAGGAUGAUGACCCAUGGACAACUGGUCAGUACCUUAGCCGGCCAGACGAUAUCGAGCUAGAGAAUUCGUCCAACAUGAUUGGGGCUGAGGAUAUGGAAUACGCCUCAAUGUACGUAGAGGCCGGGGGACCCAGUUCUGCAGAGGACUCUAUGCUCUCGAGCCAGUACGAAGCAUCAUUCCGACGCUCAUCCGGAAGUGUCACUACCUCGCAGUUGAUCAAUGGUAUCGGGGAUGCCUUUGCAAGCCAGCUUCCUCAAUCAGCAGCGGCCACGAUGGAGUGCCAGCAUACCAAGACGAGGCAGAUGUGUCAAGUUUGUCGACACUAUUGA